UAUAUAUAAUUAACCAGCUAGGUUGAGCAAAAAAAAUCCAAAAAAAAAAAUAGAAAGUUUUUGCCAAACGGCCGCUUAAACCCAAAUUCAAAUAUCCAAGAUGCCUCUGCAAGGUCAACUCUGCAUGCUCUGCCGCCCGCUUUACUCUCGCGGUCUGCGCUUUAUGCAACGCUUCAGCAGGAACAGCAACCUGGUGCGCUAUGCAUCCAGCUGCGGCGAUGGCGGCGCCAAGGGCGGCAAGGGCCUCGUCUUGGGCGUCUACGAGAAGGAGAGCGGCAAGGGACCUCGACUGACGCCGGCGGGCGAAAAGUUUGAUGAUCGCUUGCAGGGCAAGCUGUCGGAGCUGAUCUGUGAAACGAAUAUUACGGGUCAUUUGGGACGCGGCAAGAUCUUUAACAAUGUGGACGCAGACUUUCGCUCCAUCUGCAUUGUGGGCGUGGGCCUGGAGGGCAUUGGCUUUAAUGAGCUGGAAAUGAUUGACGAGGGCAUGGAGAAUGUGCGCGUGGCGGCGGGCAUCGGUGCACGCUCGUUGCAAACGAUGAACUGCAUCGAGGUGCAUGUGGAUCAUAUGGAUUAUCCGGAGCAGGCUGCCGAGGGCGCUGCGCUGGCCAUUUGGGUAUUUGAGGAGAAUCUGAGUAAAAAGUAUCGCUCUGUUAUACCCAAGCUGGAGCUGUAUGGCUCACCCGAUUUGGAUUCAUGGACGCGUGGCUUGUUCAAGGCGGAGGCGCAAAAUCUCUGCCGGCGCGUCUCUGAUGCGCCCGCCAAUUGCAUGACGCCCACAAUCUUUGCACAGACAGCCGUCGAUGCCUUGUGCCCCUGCGGCAUCACCGUCGAAGUGCGCACCAUGGAGUGGAUUGAACAGCAGCGCCUCAACUCAUUCCUAAUGAUUGCCAAGGGCUCCUGCGAGCCGCCAGUGCUGCUGGAGAUUGCCUACUGCGGCACUGCGCCCGAGGAUAAGCCCAUUUUGCUCGUUGGCCAGGGCAUCACCUUCAAUUCCGGCGGCAUUAAUCUGCGCCCCUGCGCCGGCAUGGACGAGUUCCGUGGCGACCUCACUGGCGCUGGUGUGGUGCUGGCUUCAAUGCGUGCGGCCGCGGCGCUCUCGCUGCCCAUUAAUAUUACGGCCAUAUUGCCGCUCUGCGAGAAUCUGCCCUCGGGCAUGAGCUGCAAGCCGGGCGAUGUGGUGACGCUGCUCAAUGCCAAGUCGAUGGCGGUGCGCAAUGUGAGUCGCACCGGUGUCGUCGAAAUAGCCGAUCCCAUGCUCUAUGGCCAGAUGACGUACAAGCCCCGGCUUGUGGUCGAUGUGGGCUCCAUGUGUGUGGGCAUCAAGCGUGCGGUGGGCGGCGGCGCAACGGGCAUCUGGUCAAAUUCUCAUUACAUAUGGAAGCAAUUCCAGCGUGCUGGCUCUCUGACCGGCGAUCGCAUGUGGCGCUUCCCGCUGUGGAAGUUCUACAAGGAUCGCGUUGCAGAAAAUCUUAGCUAUGAUCUGGCCAACGAUGGCGAUGGUCAUGCCUCUUCCUGUCUAGCCGCCGCCGUGUUGCACGAACUUGUGCCCUGCAGCGAUUGGGCACAUCUGGACACCUACGGCACCGGCUUGCUGAGCAAAUAUGGCCUGGUGCCCUAUCUGGCCGCCGGCCGCAUGACGGGCAGACCAACGCGCACCUUGGUGCAAUUCCUUUAUCAAAUGGCCUGCCCCGAACAAAAGUGAUUUUAAGCUCUUGGGUCUCUUUUAACUUUUAACUUAAACACACGCGCUCUCUCAAAUCGAAGGCGGUUUUAUGCAGACGACAAAUGAAUUUUUGUGGAAUCGGUCAAACUUUGCAAUUGACACUGAUGUAAAACAUUAACAUGGUUAUUUAUUAUUUUAUUAUUCGGAUGUGCAUGUAAAGCAAAAUUUAAUUGUUUACCUGUAAAUUAAUGGAGAUUAUAUAAAAGUCUCUUGUUGUGAGUAAGUCGAUGGCAAAUAAAUUGUUAAGAUUAUUGAAACAGAUGAAA